AUGUUUGGAUUUGAAAAAGCCAGUUGGAUUCUUGCUCUCAAGCCUUAUUCCGAGCUCUUCGAAUUGAAAUCCAUCAAUUAUACCCCCAAGAAGCAAAUAUAUCCAAUUGGAAAGCUUGCCGAGCUGCCUCCCAAUGAAUAUCUCAGGCCCUCGACCAAUAUCUCCAAUCCAUCGGCAGCCAUAAAGAAACCUCCCCUGUCCGCCAAGCUCGCCGAGCUACCUAUCACGAAAACCUCCCCUGUCCAGCAAGCUUGCCGAGCUACCUAUCAUGAAAACAUCCCGACCGGCAAGCUCGCCGAGCUACCCAUCACCAAACGUCUCCAGGCCAUCGCCGGCAUCACCAAACAUCCCGACCAGCAAGCUCGCCAAGCUACCCAUCACCAAACGUCUCCAGGCCAUCGCCGGCAUCCAAACAUCCCGACCGGCAAGCUCGCCGAGCUGCAUAUCUCGUGUCCUCUCUGGCAUUGCCUCCCUCAGACCGGCAAGGUGCACAAGAUGCUUCUGAUUUGA